UGAUUAUGAGAUGGAGAUUUAUAAAUAUUUUAAGUAUAGGCGUUUCUCUUUGAUAUUACUUGUAUUGUAAAAGCACCAACAAAUCUACCGAGUAUCGUUGAAAAAAAUUUUUCGUUCAAAUAUCAGCUAAUAACCAAAAAUAAAUCAAAGAACUCAACAAUAAUUGACAAUGGCCGACGCUUAUGCGGAAAGAACGUUUAUUAUGGUCAAGCCUGACGGAGUUCAACGAGGACUGGUCGGAAAAAUAAUUAAAAGAUUCGAGCAAAAAGGUUUCAAAUUGGUGGCCAUGAAAUUUAUGUGGGCCUCCGAAGAGCUGUUGUCGAAACAUUAUUCUGAUCUUUCCAGUCGUCCGUUUUUCCCGGGACUCGUGAAGUACAUGGCUUCCGGACCUGUAGUGCCGAUGGUGUGGGAAGGAUUGGACGCGGUGAAAACCGGAAGAUUUAUUCUCGGAGCGACAAACCCAAAGGAUUCAAAUCCCGGUACCAUCAGAGGAGACCUUUGCAUUCAAGUUGGCCGCAAUAUAAUUCACGGUUCAGACGCUGUGGAAUCGGCAAACAAAGAAAUCAAUUUAUGGUUUACCGAAAAAGAAUUGGUGUCGUGGCCGCGAACCGUCGAUUCUUGGGUUUACGGUGAAAAUUAAAAGUGUAUCAAUUUUGAGUGUAUGAACUUUAAUUAGAUACUUCAAUUGAUUUUUAUGCAAUACAGAAAACAAUAUGCGUUUCCGACAAUCGUAGUUAUACAUUUACAUGUUGAAAAUAUUAUAAGUGUUAUAUUAAACUUCUUAUGGAUAUCUUGUUAUAGAUUUGAUGAUUUAAAAUUUAUCGUAAUUUUUUGUUGUAAACUAUUUUUUUAUUCAUAUUAAUAACAAAAUAACCAUUUAUUUUGUCAUGCUUAAAUAACGGGUAAUGUAAAUUAAUCAAGA